AAUCUGCUCUCUGAUUCUUCUUUACUCAUCCUACCUGCUGCUUUAGCUCAUCCCACUAGAGAACAAUGUCAUCCCAGCAGCAGCAGCAGCAAUGCCCCUCCCAGCAGCCUCAGCAGCAACAGAUGAAACAACCUUGCCAGCCACCUCCAGUCAAGUGCCAGGAGCCAUGUGCUCCUAAAACAAAAGAUCCCUGUGCUCCUGAAACUAAAAACCCAUGCCCACCCAAGGGCACGGUGGUACCAGACCAACAGAAGUGCCCUCCAGCCCAGCAGAAGUGCCCACCAGCCCAACAGCUCAAACAGAAAUAAAGAGCAUUGGAACCCACACCUGUGUCCCCUCUGUGGGAACCAUCCUUGCAGAGAUUCCUCAUCUUCCUAUUUCCUUUAGACCCUCCCAUUCCCUGUACUAGGAAGCCAGUGGCUCCAACAAGUUUCUCUACUUUGGCCCCAGCCCUGCCUAAGCCCCAGGUGGGACAGUAAAUCUGCUUACUCCAUAUUCUUUGAGACACUGAGCCCUGACUAGGAAGAGGAGAGCUGACUCAGCUUGACUUUUACCAUCUUCUCCUUUCCCUCUUCUGCUCACUGUCACAACCCAGGCUCAAAUAGCCCAGCUCAGAGAGCACAAUGGUUUGGUCAGUCUCAAAUUCCAUUGCCCUGAUGGGAAGAUGGAAGAUCUAAUAUACAAGUGCUCCAGAGGGUCCCCUUUCCCUAAUCCAACCCACAGCAUCCUUGCUUCCCUGACCUUUGCCUCCCAAUAAAAUUGAUGUUACAUGUUACUA